AUGAUGAACUCAAGGAUUCCACCUUGGUGCGUUGGAUUAUUCCUCAUUCUGAGUUGUUCAGCGGCUUUCCAGCUGGACGGUCAUGGCUCCCUGAAUGAACUGGACCUGACCGAGCUGAUCGGCGUCCCCCUCCCGUCGUCCGUCUCCUUCGUGACUGGUUUCCAGGGGUACCCCGCCUACAGCUUCGGACCUGACGCCAAUGUGGGCCGCGUCACCAAGCACUUCAUGCCGGACCCUUUCUACUACGACUUCGCUAUUACCGUUACAGCCAAGCCCACCACGCGGCAGGGCGGCGUCCUCUUCGCCAUCACAAACGCCUCCCAAAAGGUGGUCCAAUUGGGCGUGGCUUUAUCUGAGGUAGAGGAUGGUUCUCAAAGAGUGAUCUUCUACUACGCCGACUCUGUCACUGGAGCGAAAACCCAAGAAGCGGCUUCGUUUAAGAUGGGCGACCUCACGGGAAGGUGGGCCCGGUUCACCUUGACGGUGCAGGGAGCUGAGGUGCGUCUCUACAUGGACUGCGAGGAGUACCACCGCGUGGCUUUCGCCAGGAGCCCCCAACCGCUCACCUUCGACGACAGCUCGGGUAUCUUCGUAGGCAACGCCGGCGCCACCCGCCUGCCUCGCUUCGUGGGCUCCAUCCAACAGCUGGUGCUCAAAUCGGAUCCCACGGCCCCCGACGACCAGUGCGAGGAGGACGCGCCUUAUGCGUCCGGAAGUGGCGAUGGCACUUACGAGGACACGGAGGGAAAUGAUGAAGUCAAGAAGGUUGUAGAAAAGAAGCCCUACAAAGAGCUUGUGAACCCAACAUCCAGUAGCCCUGUCCAAGCCCCGCCCACUCAGAAGUCCAAACAUUUCGAUCAGGAUGACAAUGAAGAUGGAGACGACAUCGAAGAAGAAGCUUCCGGGCAGGAAAUGCGGACGACCACACCUGCCGGUAAACAAAGUGUAAAGACAACACCAAGCAUUUUCUCUAUUUUUAAUUCUGUUCAGACGGGACAAAAAGGCGAGCAAGGCGAACCCGGUCCCCGCGGACCUCCCGGACCCAUUGGUCCGGCGGGAGAAAGCUCGGAGACGCCCGCUGAGCCUGGACCCCGUGGCCCACCCGGACCUCAGGGCCCGCCAGGAGCACCGGGCAACGAUGGACAACAAGGCACAAAAGGAGAAAAUGGCACUCCUGGCGCCACUGGACCUCCAGGAUCUCCAGGCCUUCAAGGAGAGCCUGGAAUCAAAGGGGAAAAGGGUGAUACUGGCGUCGGACAACCAGGCCUUCCCGGACCACCCGGACCUCCGGGGCGCUUCCUCAAUCACUUCCUGGAGGGUUCCGGCUCGGCUAUGGACUCUGACGACUUUGACGGCGAUUUGGAGAUCAUUCGAGGACCACCUGGUCUUCCGGGACCACGCGGGCCUCCUGGACCUCCAUCUGAGAAAGCCCUACCUGGCCCGCCUGGCGUUCCUGGACAACCUGGCGAGAAGGGAGAAACUGGACUUCCUGGAGUUGAGGGAAACAAAGGACAACAAGGAGCUACUGGACAAAAGGGAGAAAUGGGAGAACCUGGUGUGAACGGCCAACCAGGACCGAAGGGUGAUCAAGGACCUCAAGGCUUGCCAGGACUUGCCGGUCCCGAGGGUCCAGAAGGACGGGUCGGACCCCAGGGUCCAGCUGGACCACCUGGACCCCCUGGCAAAGGUUUAGAGGGCCCUCAAGGAGUUCCAGGAGUUCGAGGACCAAAGGGUGAUGAAGGCCUCCCAGGUAUUGCUGGAGAACCAGGUCUUAAGGGAGAGCCCGGCGCUGCAGGUGCACCAGGAUUAGCUGGAGCAGAGGGACCCAAAGGUUCUGAGGGUCCAAAGGGAGAUGCCGGCGAUCUGGGACAAAAGGGUGAGCCAGGACAGAACGGGCUGACUCUACCCGGCCCUCCGGGACCUCCUGGACCUCCUGGACCCAUUGUCAACCUCCAGGAACUCCUUCUCAACGACACCGACGGCGUCUUCAACCUUUCGGAGAUUUUCAACGCUCAGUUGGCUGGACAACAAGGUCCAAAGGGAGACGCCGGAGUGCCAGGUGUAAAGGGACCUCCAGGACUAAAGGGCGAGAAAGGCGAGCCGGCCGUUUUCAUCUCAGAAAACGGAACAAUCACAGACCUGUCUGCACUCAUUGAGGAAAAAGGAUUCAAGGGAGAUAUUGGCGAAACCGGCCCUCCCGGUCCAAUCGGACCGAUGGGAAUGCCGGGACCGAAAGGGGAUUUGGGUUUCCCUGGAAGACCUGGUCGAAUCGGUCCGAGUGGACCCAAAGGAGAAAAAGGAGACUCUGUGGGAAAACCUGGACUCCCCGGACUGCCCGGACGACCCGGUCGACCCGGAAUAUUCCGAUGUCCAAAUGGGACUGUCUUCCCUGUUCCUGCUCGACCUUUCUGCAAAACACCAGUAAAUGGAAGUGGUGAAAUGAAUGACGGGCCAAAAGGACAAAAGGGAGAACGCGGUGUUCCUGGCUUGCCAGCGCCACCUAACACCUUCAAAGGACGCUUGGGAGUAAAGGGCGAGCCGGGCUUGGUCGGCGAAAAAGGCGAAAAGGGCGAAACGGGGUUGCGCGGGGUACCAGGCGCUCCCGGGAAACAAGGGCCAGUGGGACCCAAAGGCGAAUCGGUGGUGGGACCGCAAGGCCCCCGCGGCGAUCCAGGUCACCCGGGCCCCCCUGGCUAUGGCGGUCCCGGUCCAGCGGGACCCCCUGGACCACCCGGACCGCCUGGACCACCCGGACCCCCCGGACCUCCCGGUCCUCCCGGACCAUCUGGCUCACGCGGGCCCUUGGGAGGCUCGGCCGCGGUGUCUACAUUUUCCUCGUUGGAGUUGAUGAUGAGGAACACCGUCGGCGAGCCCGAGGGAAUGCUGGCAUACGUUUUAGCAACGGGAAGCCUCUACCUCAAGGUGUCUAAGGGAUGGAAGGAAAUACAGCUCGGUAGUCUGCUCCACUUUUCCAGCAACAUCAUCCCACAAGACGAGCCACGGGUGGCCCAGCAAACAUCAGGCGGCACUGUUCAGCGAGUUCGCGCCGUCAAGGACAGACUGAACCUGGUGGCACUGAACCAACCGCACACGGGCGACAUGGCAGGCCUGGACGCUGUUGACCGACUGUGCUACGAGCAGGCCAAAGCCAUGGGCCUGCCCCCCAACUACCGCGCUUUUGUUUCCUCGGGCAAGCAGGAUCUGGUUCAUUUAGUCUACCCAGGCUUCCGGGACACUCUGCCCAUCACCAACCUCAGGGGAGACGUGCUCUUCAGAAACUGGAGGUCCAUCUUCACUGGUGACGGUGGACCCCUCAACCCCAGGAUUCCUAUUUAUUCUUUUGAUGGACGUGAUGUUUUAGCUGAUCCCUUCUGGCCUGAUAAGAGCAUCUGGCACGGCUCCAGCCCGCUGGGUGUCCGAGUGGUGGACAAGCACUGCGAGACAUGGCGGGCCGCUCACGUGUCGGUCACCGGCCAGUCAUCCUCCCUGACAUCCGGCCGACUGCUAGGCCAGCAGACGCGUAGCUGCUCCGACGACUACAUCGUCCUCUGCGUGGAAACCCACAAGAACUUCUAA